AUGACAAUUUAUUCCAAAGAAAGCGAGCUUUCCGGCAGAAGGCGGCCGGCGCAGCACAUGGUGCUGGUCUUCGACUUCGGCUCUCAGGUGUCGCGGCUGAUCAUCCGGCGCCUGCGCGCCGUUGGGGUGUACGCGGAGCUCAUGUCGUGCACAGCAACUCUGGAGGAAGUGGCUGCGGCGCGCCCCGCUGCAGUGGUCCUCAGCGGGGGCCCCUCCUCCGUGUACGAAGAGGGGGCCCCCCACCUGCGGCGGGAAGUGUGGCAGCUGCUGCAGCAGCAGCAAAUUCCCAUUUUGGGGAUUUGUUAUGGCAUGCAAGAAAUAGUGCAGCAGCUGGGGGGCUCUGUGGCAGGCGAGGGGCCCCGGGAGUACGGCAAGACGGAGAUAACUCUGAGUCCCUUGCCUGCGGAGCCUGUGCUGGACGCUGCUGCUGCUGCUGCUGCAGCAGAGGCCGCAGCAGCAGCAGCAGACGCAGCAGCAGCAGCAGCGCCGGACCACUGGUCAGUCCCUGCUGCCCACGGCCCCACACCUUUUCUUGCAGACCUUUUCUAUGGAAUUGAGGGGCCCCAAGUGACAGUCUGGAUGAGCCACGGAGACACAGUCCAGAGUUUGCCUUCUUCAUUUACAACGCUGGCGUCCACAGCGAACUGCCCCAUUGUUGCUGCUGCUGCGCCCGCGAGGCGUCUGUACACCCUGCAGUUCCACCCCGAAGUGACGCACACGGCCUGCGGCGCGCAGCUGCUGCGCAACUUUGCGCAGCGCGUCGCGCGGCUGCCGCUGCAGUGGGGCAUGCAGAACUUUUUGCCGCAGCAAAUUGAGCUGCUGCAGCAGCAAGUGAGCGGCCGCGAAGUCAUAGGGGCGCUCUCGGGGGGCGUGGACUCCACAGUGGCUGCUGCGCUGCUGCACCGCGCCAUCGGCAACAGGUUCCACGGCUUCUUCAUCGACACCGGGCUCCUCAGGAAAAACGAAGCCGCGGAAACAAUGGAGUCGUUGCGGGCCUGUUUUCCGGAUUUGUCGAUCGAGUGUAUCGACGCCAGCGAGAAGUUUUUCGCUGCUUUGAAAGGAGUUAAAGAUCCAGAACAAAAAAGAAAAAUAAUUGGAGCUUUAUUUAUUGAAGUUUUCGAAGAAGCAGUUCAAAAGAAGAAAAUCCCCACCAAGGGCACUUUUCUGCUGCAGGCUUUACGACCUGGGAUCCGGUUUAUGUGUGCGGUCGAGGGCACUUUGUACCCGGACGUGGGGACUUUGUACCCGGACGUGAUAGAGUCUGUUUCUUUCAAAGGGCCUUCUCAAACAAUAAAGACUCACCACAAUGUCGGGGGUCUUCCUGAGAAAAUGCAGUUGGAGGUUUUGGAGCCUUUGAGGGAUUUGUUCAAAGGCUGGACUCUACAACCAGAUUGCACAGGCAAGCAGCAGCAGCAGCAGCAGCAGCAGCAGCAGCAGCAGCAGCAGCAGCAGGAGGAGCAGCAGCAGCUGCUGCUGCAGCAGCAGCAUGCUGCUGCAGCAGCUGCAGCAGCAGCAGCAGCUGCAGCAGCUGCUGCUGAUGUGCAGCAGGGGCUGCAGCAGGGGCUGCAGCAGCUGCUGCAGUAG